AUGGCUGCUGUCGUGGUGCCACAGACCCCACAGCGACCCCUCCCGGGUGGCUUCAUCAACACACCAGCGCCAGCACCCACAAUAUUCGCUCCACAAGCAGCGACUCUGCGCCAAAACUUCCAAGCCCCAGCGGCAGCGGAUCCCAAUGCCGGCCACUCGACCACACCCCAGAUCUCGCCCAUCGAGCGCGCGGCUCGGACAGUCAAUGAGACAUUGGCACAGGAGCAGCGCUUCCCUGACCUCGAGAGCCUGGUAUCGCAGGGCAUGAGUGGAGAAUAUGAGCUGCCCAUAAAUCCAGCAUGGCUUCCCUUUCAAAAGUUGCGCAUGUACGACUUGCCCACUGCCGUCAUCGAGCAGGCGAAUCAGACAGUGGGUGGCCUACAGAUGGGAGUAAUGCCGGGGUUGAGCCAUUGCUGGGCGGUGAUGGACAACUGCUUGUACCUAUGGGACUACACAGUACAAAACCCAGAACUGAUAGGCUACGAGGAGAACACCCAUCCCAUCACGGCCGUCAAGCUCAUCAAGCCCAAGCCUGGUGUUUUUGUCAAGGAUAUCAGCCAUCUGCUCGUGGUUGCGACGAGUGAUACUAUGCUUUUGCUCGGUGUGGCCACUCAGGUGACCUCUACCGGUGCGAAGACUGUUGCACUCUAUAACACGCGUAUGUCGAUCCAUACCAAGGGCCUGAAUGUGCGCGAGAUUGAGGCCUCAGCCAAGACUGGCCGGAUCUUCUUCCUCGAUGCUGGGAGUGAGGAUAUCUACGAGUUUCAGUAUCAACAGGAGGAAGGCUGGUUCAGAGGGAAGUGUGCAAGGAUCUGUCAUACGAGGAGUAAUUACGAUUUCGUGCCUGCGCCCAUCAAGACGGUCGGGCAGUACUUUGGACCGAGCUCGAGACAGAAAAUUCUGAGGAGAUUGGUGCUUGACGAUACCCGCGAUCUUCUCUACACCCUUAGCGACAACAGCGAGAUCAAGGUUUGGCUGGUCCAGGAGCGUGUUAAGCAUGCGCUUUCGAGACCGCUGGCUAGCUUGCUGCAGAAUACUGGACACUUUACUGGACGGACGGAUCUGCUAUACUCGCAAGAUGUGCGGAUAGUCGAUUUGAGCACCAUCCCAGCGACCGAGGCGUCGAAGCUGAGUGUGAUGGCCACUACAAACACUGGCUGCAGGUUGUACUUGUCAGCUACUCGUGGCUAUGGCGGACAGGCCGAUGCACAAAAUGCACCGAGCAGUAUGCAGAUUCUACACAUCCGCUUCCCGCCCAGAGAUCCGAACGCACCCCCGUCACAGCAGCAAGCGGCCUCCAGCUCGACCGCUGUGCAGCCCUAUAGUGGCCCACAAGGCACUAUUGACACUUCGUCAAAGAUGCUCUGCCCAACACAAGCAGCACAUCGGUUACCACCUGGCUACUUUCUAGCCUUCCAGCAGCAAGAUCCGAACCAAUCACGACGAGAACGUGUCUUCUGCGCUGCGCCCGACUUCGCACGCCUCAAGAAUCCACAGGACACUUCAGCACUUAGCUCACGAUUCGUGGAGUUCGGACAGUGGAUCGACCUUCCAUCACCUCACUCUAUGAUUUCAGUCGUCACACCUACCUUCGCCGCCACGAAUUCGCCCCUGGGCUUCGGCAACGAGCUAGCAACGCAAUUCGACAAGUCUUCGGCAGAGAUCGCUGUUAUGACGGCAGAUGGUGUACAGACGAUCCGACGGCGACGACUCGUCGACAUUUUCGCUAGCAUGAUGCGAUAUGCCUCAACAGACGACGAGGGUCGAGAUGGCGAUAUCAAGCGUUUCGUGCGAGCUUAUGGCCGCGGCGAGACGGCUGCGACCGCCCUAGCCGUUGCAUGCGGGCAGGGUAUGGACGUCACGUCCGAGUCGCGAGUCACCGCUGUGACGGAUGCCGACGUUAUUGAGGCUGCGCGGAAGGCUUUCAUUGACCAUGGUGGGAAAGCAGAGUAUAAUUCUAAUGCUGUCGUCGACCGCAAUGCAGAGCCCAUUGAUAGUGUACGACCGAGUCCGAGACAUGAAGGCCUGGCACUGUAUAUCUCGCGACUCGUGCGUUCGCUUUGGCCCGCGAGGGUCAUUGUUCAGGCAAUCAAACCUGGGCAGCCACCUCAGUUGGUUUCUACCAUCGCGCUGGACAAGCUGAGAAGUAUACAGCGUGAACUCAACACCUUGUCCGAGCUCCUAGCACGCAAUCGAUCGCUCAUCGAAGGUCUGGCUGGACCGCAAGCCAUGGGUCGUCCUGGCUCGAGACAAGAAGAGAUCGCACUUCAUGGCGAACAUCGAGCCAUGAACAGCCUCGUGCAGCUCAUCAGCAGUAUCGUCGAAGGUAUCUCCUUCACUCUCGUCCUUUUCGACGAGCGGCUGGAGGAUAUUCUGGCCGCACUGUCCGAGGAGAGCAGGAGAAAGGCUAUGGAACUCACGUUCGAGCAACUCUUCGUCUUCGCCUCGGGCCGUGAGCUGGCGAAGGAGCUGGUGAAAGCUAUUGUCAACCGCAAUAUUGCCAAUGGUAGUAACGUUGAUACUGUUGCGGAGGCUUUGCGCCGACGCUGCGGCUCCUUCUGUAGUGCGGAGGAUGUCAUCAUUUUCAAGGCUCAAGAGCAAGUCAAGCGUGCUUCGGAGGCUGGUGGGCAGAGCGAGACGGGCCGAGUGCUGCUGAAUGAGAGUCAGAGGCUGUUCCAGAAGGUCGCUGCAAAUCUGAGUGGGGAGCAUUUGCAGUGGGCUGUGCAGCAGUAUAUCCAGAUGUCGUUUUAUGCUGGUGCUAUCCAGCUUUGUCUUAUUGUCGCGCAGGAGCGGGACCGAGCGAAGAGAGCAUUGGCUUGGUUGCGGGAUGGUUCGAAUGAUGGAGAUGCGCGGAAGGCUGACUUCGACAAAAGGGAGGCAUGCUAUCAGCUCAUCUUCGAGACAAUCAAGAUACUGGAUCAGCAGACUGCGAACGUGCCGGCGGAUGCGGAAGGACAGCAUAAUCUGGCUGCGAGACGGCGAAGCGAGGCGUACGACGUGGUGAACAGCUCGGACGACUCUGUCUUCCAGACGUGUUUAUACGACUGGUACGUCUCCAACGGCCAAUCAAACCGCCUCCUCAACAUCGACACGCAACACGUCAUCGACUACCUCAAACGAAAGAGCCAGGACGAUCGAGAGCAUGCCGAUCUGCUCUGGCACUACUACGCCCAUCACAACGACUACCUGCAAGCCGCCGCCACGCAACUAGAUCUCGCCAAGGGCUACUUCGACCUUACGUUAGAAGAGCGAAUAGGCUAUCUCAGCCGCGCCCGCACGAACGCUUCCACGCGCUCGUCAGCAUUGAUGGAUAGUCGGCAGAGCAAACAACAACUCUUGCGUGAGAUCUCGGAUCUUCUCGACGUAGCCAACAUCCAAGACGAUAUCCUGCAGCGCAUGAAAGCCGAUUCCCGGCUACAGGGUGAACGCCGCCAGGCCGUCCUCGAAAGCUUGGAGCGAGGGGAAGGGAUUCUAAGCGUAACGGACCUUUUCCAUCAGUUCGCUGAUCAGGCGGGUUACUAUGAUAUCAAUCUCCUCAUCUUCCAUGUCGCGGAUCAUAGGAAUCCGGGGGAUGUGGACUCGAACUGGGAACAACUGAUUCGGUCUGAACGGGAUCGCGCUGUCGCUUCUGCGCCUUCGGGUGGGCCUUUGCCGUGGGAGAGGGUUGGAUCGAAGGUUAUUGAGAUGGGUCGUCGUCUCGACCUUGCGGAGGCUACAUUUCCUGUCUCGAAGAUCUUGACGAUGUUGGAGCGCUUUGCGAUUGAGCCGCAGGAGCAUUCGCCUCCAAUGCACUGGGCUGUGGAUGUUCUGCUCGGUGUGGGCGUGCCGUGUGAGAUGUUGCUUCCGGCUUUGGAGAGCAUUUAUUUCUCUGGCGAUCAUCCGUUUGUUGGCACGAAGAGGAGGGUUGUGGCGGGGGAUAUGGUGUUUGUUUGCGCUGUGUGGGUGAGGGAGAGCGAGAGGAAGGGGGAGAGGAUGGUAUUGGGGAGUGAGGAGAAUGUGGAGGUUGUGGUUUCUUGCCUUACUAGUCUUGUUCGGGGAAAGGAUCUGCUGGAGCAGAAGAGGAGGGAGGCGGAGGAGGUUUUGGGUGUGCUUGGGGGAAGGUGA